AUGGCCACAGAAGAAAGCGUGCACACCCUUCCGGACGGCCUUGAGCUGUACACCAAAACAUGGAAGACCAGCGGAUCUCCACGCGCCAUUUUGGCAUUUAUCCAUGGUUUUAGUGACCACUGCAAUGCCUAUUACGAUAUGUUUCCAACAAUGGUAGCAGCAGGUAUUGAGGUCAGAUCUUUUGAUCAGCGAGGCUGGGGCCGCAGCGUCAAACAAACCCGCGAUCGCGGCAACACAGGACCAACUUCUCAAGUCCUUUCAGACAUGCACUCCUUCCUGAACACCCUACCCUCUCAGCCCGACGUGCCCCUUUUCAUAAUGGGUCAUAGCAUGGGCGGUGGUCAAACCCUCAACUACAUUUUCCACCCAGAGUCACCCUACAAUAAAGACAAGUCCACCCGGCCCAACUUCGCCGGCGUACUUCUUUACUCCCCUCUAAUCGGUCUAGACGAAUCCACUCGUCCUUCGAAGCUGCUAGUCGCAGCGGGCAGAAUUGUCGCAAAGCUGAUCCCCCAUAUGCAGAAGUAUACACCUCUUGAGGCGAAGCUGCUGUCUCGGGAUGAGGCUGUCUGUAAGGAGUGCGUGGCUGAUACCCUGUGCCACGACACAGGUACUUUUGAGGGCCUGGCGGGGAUGUUGGAUCGUGGAAUUUGGUUAGAGGGCAUGUUUGCAGCUGGCACUGGUGCUUGGGUGAAGAGUGAGGUGCCGUUUUGGUUUGGUCAUGGAGAUGGGGAUCGGAUUACUAGUUUCCCUGCGACGGAGGAGUUCGCUAAGAAAUUGACUGAGAAGGGUGGGAAUGUGGAGUUCUGCCCUUAUGAAGGGGCUUAUCAUAGACUGCAUUCUGAGUUGCCGGAGACUACGGAGAGGUUCCUUGCGGAUGUGAAGGCUUGGAUGUUGAGUAAAGUGCCUGUGGCUGAGACGGUGGUUGUUCAGAAUGAGGCGGAAGGUGUUGCGGUUGAUGAGACCAAAAGCACUGCCGUUGAUGAGAAUCCGGAGGCCGAUGAUAAAGCCAAGUUGUGA